AUAGGUCUCGGGUCGAUUCUUGUACUUUUCCGUCCUCACGAGACCGACCAGACCUGCAACACACACACACACGUCAAGCAAUUCAUCCAAGCAUAAGAGCCCGACGCUCAAGAGCCAGCGAGCGCACGAGGCGAGAUGGAGGAGGACAAGGAGAUCCAGCCGCAACCAAGCUACGAGACAUGCAGUGUGCGGCUGGUGGUCCUUCACGACCUCGUUCCCGACGCCAGCCAGGAUCGCUUCAUGGAUCUGGAUGUACCUGUUGCCCAGCCAGAGGCGCUGCCAACGUACGGCGAUGUGGAGCGAGCCUUGCAGACCCAUGACUUUAGAGAAGUUGCCUUCCGCCCAAACCCUCAGUUUUGGUUUCCAGUCGUUGGCGUCAAGAACAAGUUCUACCCGUCAAACAAGACGAUUGCACGCCCCGAAUGCGUUCAUCUUUCUGUCAGGUUGCGUUGCCCCUGUUGCAAAUCCAACGUCCCGCGGUCGCGAUUUCACAGCGCGAACAAAACUUGA